AUGAGUGUAUUUCACUCCUCUUCUGGAGAAAAUAGUCUCCUGCAUGCCUACUAUCAUGGAGAUAUCAUCAUUGGAGGACUUUUCCCCAUUCACUUAAAAACCAAUAGGACUAACACUUCUGGACCUCUCUCCUGUAGUGACUAUGACGUACAAAUGUUCCUCCGCAGUCAAGUGAUGAUAUACGCCAUCAAAGAAAUCAAGCUACCUAACAUCACCAUAGGAUACGACAUCUAUGACACCUGUGGCGAUGUCAGUCUCGCUGUGAGAGCGACUCUUGAGCUGCUGAAGAAUCAGUCAGACCCACAAAGCUGUUUAUUACCAUCAGAGCCCCAAAUGAAGGUGGUGAUUGGAGAAAGGUACUCGGAAGUAUCGAUAGCUGUAGCACGAAUUGUUGCUCUGUCAUCAGUUACCCAGAUUAGUUAUGCAUCAACAAGUGAGUUUCUCAGUGACAGGUUCAAGUUUCCCACUUUUCUGCGAACAGUGCCGAGCGAUAAAUAUCAGACAAGAGCUAUUGUUGAGCUGGUGAAGACAUUUCUUUGGCAAUCAGUGAUUAUUGUGGGAAGUGAUGAUGAGUAUGGAUUGUUUGGCAGUGAUAGCCUUGAAGACACCUUCAGCCAAGACACAAACAUCUGUGUUGAAUUUGUUCAAAUCUUGUCAGCUGAUUUUAUGACAAACAACUCUCAGACCCAAACUGAGCUGAAUAAACUACUGGAAAAAAUAAAAAACUCCUCUGCUGAGGCCAUCAUCCUCUUCACAAAGGACACUAAUGCAGAAAUCAUCCUGGAAGCAGCUAUUAAACACAAAGUUAACAGAAUGUGGAUUGCAAGUGAUGCAUGGUCCAGCUCUCCAAAGAUCUCUGCAAUGCCAGGCAUCGAGCUGGCAGGAGAAGUUUUUGGGUUCAUAUUUAAGCAGAAAGAGGUGCCUGGCUUUAAAGACUAUGUCAUGUUGAUGUUUAAUGGAACUGAAAACGCCCUUCUCGAAGAUUACCUAACGCAGAAUCCACUUUGUUCAAAUCAGUCUGAAGAAGAAAGACAAUGUCUGAAACCGAGUUUCUUGGCUUCUUACAUCGACCCGGAUGAAUCUUAUAGGAUCUAUUUAGCUGUUCAAGUCAUUGGUGAGGGGCUCAGACGCUUGCUGAAGUGUGAAAACCACCAGUGUGAACAUAGCCCCAAAUUCACAGCCUCAGAGCUUCUCUCAGAAAUCCAAAGAGUCAACUUUAAUGUGAGCACCACACACGUAUCCUUCAAUAGUGAUGGAGAUCCUAGGAUGGGAUAUAAUAUCGUAUACUGGAACAAGUCUGAAUUCGAACAGGGUGCAAAAAUAGAAACUAUUGGAGAAUACAGUCCAGAUGGAAAAAUUAACGUCCCAUUAUAUCUUUUCAAAGACCUGAUAAAUGACACGGUGUCGGUUUACAGCUGCUAUAAAAAAUGUGCACCAGGACAUGAGUUACAAUUCAAAAGGAAGUGUUGUGGAGUUUGUGUUGCAUGUGUGAUUGGAGAGUUUUCCUCUGGUAACGGUAAGUACUGUAAACCCUGCAGUGAAAGGCAAUAUUCAUCUGAAAAGUUGGAUCAGUGUUUGAACAAAACAGAUGACUUUCUCCCGUGGUCCGAUCCUUUCUCGAUCAUCCUCUGUUCUCUGGCAGCCACUGGGAUCAUUGUUACUGUUGUGUUUGCUGUUCUGUUUGUAAUCAACCUUGGAACUCCCGCUGUGAAGGCAGUCGGAGGUUAUAUGUGUUUCCUUGAGCUUCUAUCCCUGCUGGCCGGCUUCUGUCUUACGUUCACUUUCAUUGGCAAACCUACUCAGAACUUAAACUGUGUAGGUUUGCCGCUCUUUGGUAUAGUCUUUACCCUCUGCAUCUCUUGCAUUCUGGCCAACUUGUUUCAAAUCUUGUUGGGCUUCAACUUUGAUCUGACGAUUGGGCCCUGGAUAAAGAAGCUAAAUCAACCACUGGUGCUCAUGACUGUUGUCUCUGGGAUCCAGGUGGCCGUGUCAGUGUCAUGGCUGAUCUUCAACCCACCCAUUCCUCAAGAGACGCAAGGGGGCACAACUAUCCUGCACCAGUGUGAGAUGACGUCCUUUGAGUACUUUUCAGCCAUGUUAGUCUACAAUGGUUGCUUGGGCCUAACUUGUUUCUUUUUUGCAUUCAAAGGUAGACAGCUGCCAGAUUUUUAUAAAAAUGCUUCUUUAAUCACUAUCAGUACGAUGCUGUUCAUGGUUAUCUGGAUUAUCUUCCUCCCACUUUAUCUCACCAUGUCAGGGAAGUACAAACCAGCAAUAGAAGGUGCAGCAAUCCUUACUUCCUGCUUCAGCAUCCUCUUCAGUCACUUGGCUCCCAAGUGUUAUAUUAUCUUUUUCAGGAAAGAGCUUAACCAAGAGAGCGCCAUCACUGAGUACAUUAGGAAGCAUUAUGAGCGGAAGAGUUUACCUGUGAUUGGCACACAACACUGA